GGCUCCGAAACAAAGAUCCAAACCCGUAUAGUAAUAAAUCUCACCAGGUCCAACUAAAACCCUAGCUAUCAAUGCAUAUAUAAAAUAUUUAUUUCACCUUCUCCUUUCUCUACAUUGCCAUUCAGUGAUACAGAUCCAGAGCUUCACUUGCAGAAAGAAAAAUGAAGGUGGUUGCUGCAUAUUUGCUGGCUGUGUUGGGUGGCAACACCAGCCCUUCUGCUGAUAAUAUCAAGGAUAUUCUCAACUCUGUUGGAGCUGAUUGUGAUGGUGACAAGAUUGAACUUCUUCUUUCCCAAGUCGAGGGUAAGGAUAUAACAGAGCUUAUUGCUUCUGGUCGGGAGAAGUUGGCAUCAGUGCCUUCUGGUGGUGGCGUUGCUGUUGCUGCUGCUGCCUCUGGUGGUGCUGCUGCCGCAGCUGCCCCAGCUGCAGCUGAGGCAAAGAAGGAGGAAAAAGUGGAGGAGAAAGAGGAAUCAGAUGAUGAUAUGGGCUUCAGCCUCUUCGACUAAAGGAGUUGAUAAGGAUAUAUCAUCACAUGGAUCCCCUUUUUCUUCUCUUUCUUUCUUGAUUUAGAGGUUUUAACUAGGCGUUUAAUUGUUUCUCAGAGUGGUGCAUUUCUGCCGUCAUAUAGAUGAGAUUUUUGACAGAUUUAAUGUAUGACAGUCCUGUAGUGAUGGAAUUGAAUUUUGUCAUGAAUUACUUUGGAGUGGUACGCCAGCUUUGAGCAUGAACCUUUUUCUGUUGUCAUUACAGUUUUCAUUCUGCUACAAUUCAAAUAGGUUUUCAUUA